UUCCGGGACACCGAAUGGAACGUCACCGGAAACGUCACUGGACAUCACCCGCGUCACCUGUACUUACCGAUCGCACUCUUCUUCUCGCGACACCCGUCGAUCCUCGUGUUACCUAUUCCCCGUGACACCGUACUGAUGGUUACACGAUUCGACGUCGUGACGAAUUAUUCCGUCCUCUGCGGAGAAACACACGGUUAUCUGGCUGCUCAUAUGGAACUAAAUUUGGACCGCGGGCUCAAGUGCUCGACACUUCAACUGCUCGCUGUAAGAGAGGACUACCGAAUCGCACGGAAACCACGAAUCCUACGAGAGGAAAUUAGCGAUUUAAGUAGAAUAAGUACAGAAUGGGUGCGGCUGGCAGUAGUAGCGGUGCACCUCCUCCGGCGACGCCAUUGGGAUCGCAGAGCGGAGAAACAUUUAUCUACGGGACAGAGGAAUCCUGCUGUCCGGAGUACACGAACGAAAAUAUACGACAAAGGACGAAGACCAGCGCGUUCGACGUGGGUGAAGAACCUCGAUCGCAGGGUCCCAGUCCUUACGCGACAUUGAGGGGUGAAGAAUGGUGGGAUCAGAGACCAUCGGCACCGAGUGUGUCGAACUUACGACCUCGUCGCCGCGAGACUCUGUUGACGUACGCGCAGAUGACAGGUUGGCAGACGGCCGAGGGGCACGGCCCUUCGUUCUUGCAGCAUCACCAAGAAGCCAUGGAGCUUUCGAGAGUGAUCUCGCAGCUCGCGGUGGCUAAUCAGCAGUUGGCGUCUGCUCACACGACUACACUGUCCCAUUUGGAAGAAUUGUACAAGCAGUUGAGGAACGAACGGGAAUCGAAGAGGCGAGAAGGCUCGCCGAUCGCGUCGAACGAAGCUGCGAAGAAAAGACUGACGACGGACCACGUAGAAAUCGAUGACGAAGGGCGACAGAGGCUAGAGUUGAGGAUCGACAGGCUGGAGAACCUGUUGAAGGACAAUUGGAACGAUUACCAGGAUCGGCAGAGAAAUCUUCAGCAGGAGGAAGACAGAAACCAUCGAUCUAGGAUAGACAGGCUCGAGCUGACUCCGAAAGCUCCAGGACUCGAGGAUGAAGAUGGGCGAACAACAAGUGUUUGUUCAUCGAAAAAUCGGGACUUACAGAUGGAUCAACAGACGAACGACGACGGUGUCGUUCGAAAUAGGGUUACAAAUAGCAUUGACGUACCUGAACACGAGUUAGCAAGUCAGUCAACGGUAGACGCGGUAGAUGACAAGUAUCAGACGAGGUCUGUUCAUAGAAUACGUAGCGAUGAAGAGACGAGCGAUUCGAGGUCCACCGACGAGACGGAUCGCUCGACGGCGAACUUGCAUUUAGAGAAGCCCGAGAGUGAAGGAACCAACGAGAAGGAUGAAGAACGAUCGGGACUCUGGAAGGUGAAUAAACUGGUGGAGGAAAUCGUGAGGUUAAAGGCUGAACGAUUAGAGUAUCGGUGUACCAGCGAAAGACUCGCGAGUGAGUUGGAUGAGCAGAAGGAGCUUGUGAAGAAGUUGACGGAGAAUUAUGAGACAUCGAAGACGCGAUAUGAGGAAAUGGAGUCCAGCUUACGGGAACGCGGUGAAGAAUACGAGAGGCUCAUGGCGAAAUUCGACUUCGCCACGAAAGAAACAGAGAGGUUGUUGAAGGAGAUCGACACGUACAACGCAGAAAAAGACACUGCCGAAGCUAGGAUCUCUAGCCUGGAGGAAGAUUUACAGAAGUCGUUGAUAGAGAAAGAGCAAAUUAAAAGCAUCGAGAGCCAGAAGACGUCGAAAUUAAAGGCGCAGCUGUCCGAGGAGGUAUCGGACAAAAAGAAGCAGAUAAAAGCUCUCGAAGACGCUUUGGAUGAGAUUCAAAGACUGAAGGAGACUAUCAAGACUGAGAAGAAGAGUGACGACGACGGCGCUUCAAAAGAAGAUAUAGACCCAAUCGAUUCGAUAGACGAUCCGCAAGAAAGUCCUCCAGCCGAUCGCACGACAAAUAUUGAAGAAUUCAAGAAAGAGUUGACUUUGAAGCGAGAAGCCAGGCAGCGAGCGAUAGCAGCCGUUUCGUCGGAAAUGGAGCGGCUCAGACGCGAAUUGGACGCGGAGAAAGAAGCUCAUUCCGAGACGUCAAGGGUUUUAGAUCUCCUGAGGUCUGCACAGAACGAUUCGCAGGGCCAGGUGCAAGCUAGAGAGGCUGACGGGAGCAUCAGGAGAUCUAGGUACAAAGAUCCGAAGCCGGAUGAACAUGAAUUGGCAAUGAAACGCAUGGAGGCUCAACGAUUGACGAGUAUAUUGAAGGUCUCCGACGAGCUGCGGAACGACAUUCGUUUCCAGAUCGAGAAAGUGGACGACUUGCGUUAUCACCUGGAAACUGAUCCCGAUCAGCAUCGUUGCCGCAUCCGUUUCUUGACAGACGUUACGAAUAAGACACGAGAAGCUCUUCAAUCCCGAGAAAGUCGUGCCAACGAGCUGAAAGACCAUCUCGCGCAGAUUCUGGUCCGAUUAGGGGACAGAAGUUUCUUAGACCUGAAGGAUGACGUUGGCCUGGAGUGCGAACGUCAGCUGGAGAACAUCAAUAGCCUGAAAACCCUCUACAACGAGAGGCUGAAAGUGCUGACCGAAUUGAAAGACUCAGCGGUCAGGGAACUCACCGAUGUCAAGGAGAGAUUGGAUCAUACAUUGAAGAAGUCCGAGUGCUUGGAAGAAGACUUGAAGAAGGCUGACGAAAAGAUCGAUGCUCAAGACUCCGAGAUAUCGAACUUGGAGUCGCAGCUGGGACUCACCAAGGCAGAUUGUAGGGAUCUACAGAAUCAGAUGUCACUCAUCAAUGGGCUCUUCACGCAGAUGCUUCUGGGUGCUUCCUCCGCCGACAUGGACCUCGAUCGAUUGACUCAGUUACUUCAGGAGAAUCAUGAUUUAAUAAGUAAUAUAGCAAGAGAGGAGGGCACCGAGGCAGCAGCGCUUCCAAAGCUGCUUUUGGACCUGGUGGAACAAGUCGAGGGCAGCAAAGGCUCCCAAAAGCGCAGUGACGGGGAGAAUGGAGCCGAAAAUGAGAUAGAAAAGAAAGACGACGAUCUACAACAGGAAGAAAUAGCACACAAUCUGCCUAAGGUCUGGCGUGUUUUACUGGAACUACUAAGUUGUCACGCUGAAGGAGCUCAAACCGCAUCAGCGGCAACAUCUUCGGACCCUAACAGUUGUUACAAGUCCGUGGAUACUCCAGCUGGACCUACAUUAGUGAUAUCAGUCAGCAAGACGUACAUUCGUCUAAAGGAAUUGAUACUAGAGAAGAAACACUUGGAGAAGGAAAUGAACAGGAUGAAGCAGCUGAAUUCUCAUUUGGAAUGUAAACUUGGAGAACAGGAAAAGAGGUUGUCAGCAGUAUCAGCGGAGCUUAGUAAAACUUGGACCAUUGUUGACCGAAUGCAGGCUCAGCACCAGCAGCUGCACACCCACGAGAAGAUUUUACGAUACGAGUUGCAACAAAAGCGGAAAAUGCUGCAGGAGUUGAAGCAAGAGUUAGAGUACUGCCGCGAGAAAUGGGAGUCUGCCAGACAGAAGAACACCAACACGGAGUUAGAGUGGAGGAGUUUGCGACGAGAGUUCGCUGCGAGGAAAGCUAUGGCUGUUCAUGAUUCGUUUAGUAACAGCGCUGAGAGUGGAUUCAGCGACGAACGAGGAGACGAUACCGACGAGGAAGAGGACAACGCAGUUGAAGAAAGAAUUAGGCUGGGCUCUCGCAGGAGACCGCGAAAGGAGAGUCCUCGAGCACCAUCGCCAGACACAGAAUCAGAGCAGCCAACCGACACGGAACUCUCAGAACCAAAAACAAGUUCUUCAACGACUCUGGGUCAACGAACGCCCAGUCCGGAAACGGAAGCUGAACUGGACGAGACCGAAGCAACAGAAAUAACUUUGAAUACUGAAUCUGAAGAUCAGCUGAUAUCAGAUGGCUCACAAGAAUCCCUGGAUCCCCUAGACCAAGCUCUAUCAAACGUCAUUCAGAAUCUCAUCGUCAUGAACGAUCCAAACGCAACACCACCAGACUACGAAAAUCCAAUCGAAGAAGCGAUUAUCACCGAAAUCAUCGCAAACAGUGAAUCCUCGUUAUCUUUGCCUACCACAGACCCAAACAUCGAACCUUGUACUCCAACACAGAAUCCAGAAUCACCAGAAAUUACCAACGAAGAAUGUCCUGUCGUGGAAGUUUCCCACCACGAAGAGCUACCGAUCAUCACGGAAGAUCCCCAGAAGGCAGCAGAAGCGGACGGUGAGAAAGCAAAGAACGAAGAAUCACCCUUGACCUCGUCUGUGUCUCACGUACCCAUCGUAACUAGCCCAGCCAGCACGCAGCAUGUUUUCAUUAUCGGACCCCUCCCCCCGUCAACACCAUCGAUCGUGAAAAAUGUCCAGUUCAGCGAUCCCCUGAUCAUGGGCCCGUCUAAUUCAUUUUUUGCUCCAGUCUUCGGCACACCAUUGUCAGACACGGACGAUCAUUUCGACGGCGUAUCCUUUUCAUCCUCGUUCGACUCGUCUGCGUCGAUUUCGCCCUCGUGUCAGGACAACGAGUCCAAGAGCCCGGAGAAACGCGCUGGCAAGUCGGUAGACAACGUCAUCGACUCGGACAGCGUUUCGGUGGACUCGUCAUCGAGCUUGGAAACGGUUAAAGAAUUUCCUGCAGCGGAACCGCUGGCUGAAGCUGAGAAAAAAGAGAAUGCGGAAACGAAGAAAGAGGAGACUAAGGCCACCCCGAAAACUAGGACUCCUGAGGAAGCUUUAGCUGCUAGGGAAGAUAGAUUGAAGAGACUGGAGGAGCAAGCUAAGUGGUUGAUGAAUAAGAUGAAUGCUACUAGCAGGAGAGGAUCCGCGUUGAGCACCAGGCUGGAAGAGCUUCACGAAGCUUACGGCGAACCACCUGCACCUCCGCCGAUGCCAGAUGUCCUGCCUAGUAGAAGGUUGAGGACGAACUUAGCGGAUUUGCGACCACAGGCAUCUGAAUCAUCUGCCACAGAAGACACGGAAAAUACUAGGAAACCCGUCUCGAGCGAAAUUUCCAACGAAUCAUCGUCGGAUAAGGCGCCUUAAGACGCCCACCAUAUUUAUUGUACGAAGAAACAUUGCUCGACGUUUAUUUUCGUCAUAGACGGAAGCACGUGUACGUAUCGGACUCUGAAAAUGCGUUGGCUCUCAUUGUAAACAAGCUUUACGUAAUUGCAAUGGAUCGAAAUGUUUUGGCUUCGGCGCAACAAUAAAAUUAAGGCUCAGACAAGAACAAACCGAAUGCUAUAAAUAGUGUUUACCAACUUGAUUGUGCCUUCUUACACGAUUUUUCGAAUCUACGAACCAUUUUAACUCAUGAUAUAUUAAAUAAAGGAAAAGACUUUGAAACAUAUCAUCGAUUCAAAGCGGUCGACGUUCUUACUUAAGUAUUUUUAUUAUCGAUGUGCCAUCGUUGAUAUCGGUAUAAGUAAUCUCUUGUCGUUCCUAACUGCGGAAGUAAAUGUGAUCACUCAUGAAUCCGUUCCUGUUUUGUACCUUCUACAAUUGUACCUACUAAUUUCUCUACGCACAUAAAGAAUCAAUAAACAUCACUGUGGUUUUAUUAAGCAACUAAUCCCAUAAUAAUAACCAUAAAUUGAACUGGAAAAAAAAUUGUAAAUCGUUUUCUGAAAAUCUAUCUUAAAUGGCGAUUCAAUGUUUUCGUUACACAAAUCUGUGGAGAUAAUACUGCAGUUCACGAUUGCAUUGCAAUUCGGCUAAUUGCUUUUCAAAUAAAAUAUCAAACUAAUUAUUGUACAAAGUGUUUACAGACUUUCUUACCAGUAAACUAUUUCUAACGGAAAUAGGGAUUGAAAAAUAAAUUCCGACGAGUUUCUCAUUGAUGGGAUCGAUAUGAUUUAUUUUAAAAUAAUUAACAAUCUUCAGGAUGUAAAACUUUCUCGUCAUGCACCUCCCGUCCGCGCAAUCGAACGCUCGAUGAGUUUUCUAUAACUAUAUGUAUACGAUAGAUAUGUAUAAUAUUCACAAGACGUCGCUAUCGUAGAUUAAUAAAAUUCGUACAAAAUCGUGUAUGUAACAAAAACAGCUUUAGGUACGC